AUGAUGAUUAAUUCGAAUUUGGAUGAUCAGCUCCAAUUAAGUGUAACCAUGAUCACAAUUAUUUUGAUUCUGUCUCUCCUUUUCUUCGAAACUGGUGACGCAAACUGCACUCCAUCUGCGUGCGGCAUCAUCCGCAACAUCAGCUCCCCUUUCCGCCUCAAGGGCGAUCCCAACCACUGCGGCGAUCCCAGAUUUGAAUUAGCCUGCGAAGACAACGUCACCUUCGUCUAUCAAAACUCUCACAAAUACUAUGUGAAAGAGAUCAACUACGGCAUCGCCAGAAUCAGGGUGGUGGAUGCUUCCAUAAACAACAACAGCAUCUGCUCUUUCCCCACUUAUACUUUCAUUACCGAUGAUGAAUCUCCUUACCGGACCUUUAGUCAUCAUAGCUACCCCUAUAAUGGCUAUACAGCCUCGCCUAUAUUUUUCAUCAGCUGCCCAAAUCAGUUGAGCAAUUCUUCCCUCUUUACAGAUAUUACAGAUUGUGCUUCAAAUUCAUCCCUUCCCACUCCUAGAUAUGAUUAUAUCAAGGUCGGCCGCAUGGAGAAGCCCUCAGAGGUACCACACAGGUGCACUGUAGACGUGGUAGCGUUCACGUCGUCGGAAUUUAAGGAUUCCGGCAACGUAUCACUUUCAGAAAUCCACCAAUCUCUUUUGUAUGGAUUUGAGCUCUACGUGUGUUCGUGGUGGUGGUGUAGAAGAACAACCUCAAACUGGGGUACGGUCAUGGAUUUUCAUCAUUAAUUAGUAUUUUAUCCUAAUUUCUUUGUAUAUGCUGCUAAUUGCAUCUAUUCUGGAAAAUGCAGACAA